AGCUAUUCUAUCCAUGGAUCACACUUUGCGUCCAAUCAAACUGCUUUUCUCGUAGUUCUGUCUCGCUUCUAAAUUUGUGGUAUAGGGCCAUAGACGCACAAGAGAAGCGAGGGGGGGUUAGAAGCUACUAUUUCUGUUAUAAACUGUUCCUCAUAAUACAGGCCUAUACAUAAUGACUGCAUCUAUCUACAUUUGUCUGAGUGCAUUGAGCAUUAUAUUUUGUAAUAAUGUAUUAGUUCUAUCGCAGCAGACCAAUCCAGUGGAUGCAAACAGAUAUGUAAAUCCAACUUACCAGAUCCAGUCAGCUGGUAGUCUUCCUCCUCAGCCUCUCGCUUAUGACGGAAACCCCCCUUUGCACAACGUCCCGCCUCUUUUUCCAAACGUCCCGCCCCUUUUUCCAAAUGUGCCACCUCUUUUCCCUAACGUCCCGCCCCUCUUUCCCAAUACUCAACCUUCUGCGUAUAGCGGAAACGUCCCUACGCACCACGUCCCACCCCUUUUUCCUAAUGUCCCACCCCUUUUUCCUAAUGCCCCGCCUCCUCAGCCGCCUCCACCUCCUCUACCAAUGCCCCCUCCUCUUCUGUCUAUUACACCACCCUCAACACUGGUGGCUCCUCCCCCAAAUGCUCAGAUUCCGUCACAAAAUGAAAUGAGACACGCUGUAUUUCAUCACCCCCCAAUAGAGAAUACUCCACAGCAUUCAGUUAACGCAACUUCUGGCCCCUCCUUGUCACCCGUUAACUUGCCAAAGCUUACCCAACAAGAACUUAAUUCAAAACCAUCGCAGACCCAAUAUCAGACCGUACAAUCUCAGCAGCAAGAAUUAAUAAAAAAAAACAACGCAAUGAAAAAGCCAUUGAAAGAAGCCUCUUUCGCUAACAAUAAAAGCAUAAUACCAUCUCCAUCUCAACCGCCUCAAAAUGGCCAGGCGAUGAACUAUUCGCCGCAGUGGCAACCUCAACAACAGCCCAACCAACAGCAGCAAGGCCAACAACAACAGCCAAGUCAACAGCAACAGCCCAUUCAACAGCAACAGCCAAUUCAACAACAGCCAAUUCAACAACAGCCAAUUCAACAACAACCUAUUCAACAACAACAGCUGACUCAACAACAGCAAAUUCAACAACCACCAAUUCAAGAACAGCAAAUUCAACCACAACAGCAAAUUCAACCACAACAGCCAAUUCAACCACAACAGCCUAUUCAACCACAACAGUCCAUUCAACCACAACAGCCAAUUCAACAACCAAUUCAACAGCAGCCAAUUCAACAACCAAUUCAACAGCAGCUAAUUCAACAGCAACAGCAAACUCAACUGCUGCAGCCAAUUCAACAACAGCAGCAGAUUCAGCAGGUGCAAUGGCAGCAGCAGCAGCUACAACAACAGCAGGUGCAGCCUCCUUACCAACAGCAGGGGCCGGCUUAUGAGUACGAGCAACCCGAAUUACAGCAAGUCUCGAAGUUCGGAACCAGUUACUACUCACCCACUAACGCUUACGGUCCAGCUCCCAGGCCAGAAUAUGAAGCUGUUGAGCUGGAGGCAACAACUCCUAGUCCACAGAACUAUUAUUACCAGCAACAAAACUUUCCACCGAUUCAAGCCCCUAUCCAAGCCCCAAGCCCUGUCUCAAUCCAAAUCCCGAACCAAAUCUCACUCCAAGCCCCUAGCCCAAUUCCUCUUCAAGCGCCGCCACGUCCGGUAGCAGAUGCUUCUUGGUUAAAAGCAAAGCUUUUGCAACUACAGCAAACUCAGGCGUAUAAUGCACCCCAGCAACGUCCAGCGCCUGUGGCUCCAAAGACAUAUAUAGAUCCACGGCUGGUACUGUACCUCCGCAAUCAGCACUUGCUGGCUCAACAAAGAAAGCUUGCAUCUGAAAACCUGAUGCGCUCCAGCGUUAACUACGCCCAUUCAGCUUCGGCCCAAGCGUACACUCCCCAGUUCCAAAGCUACGCACCAAGCCGCGGCUCCGUUCAAGAAGUCUACGAAAUGCUGAGCACCGGGGAGAUGAAGUGCAAAAACCUAUACCGACUGCAUAACAUUGAUGGCAUGAGACAGGCGUCUUCGGUCUGCGGGCGAGGGCUCAGAUGCCCGGCCCCAUACAACAGGGAGGUCCAGAUGGGAAAUUUCUGCAUGUGUUGUCCAUACCUUGAUCCAGCCACAAUGUCAGCAUUGCAGCAAAGGCAACAACAGCGACUAUUGUAUUAACCGGAAUGUGGGCAGAGUCUUGUUUAGGUCUUACGCUCAGAUGGAAAGGCAUUGUUGAGAAGAUAGAAAGUUUAUAUGCUAACUUUCAAUCUUUCUCAUUCGUCAACACUUUAUUAAACCUAUUAGGAGAAAGAGUCGCACAUGUCGCUAGAUUUAAAUAGAUAUUAAUAUGAAAAUUAUGUGCAAUUUCCUUUGCUGUCACCAAGAGAUGAUGAUAAAAUGUGUGAGUUCUCACAUGGGCGGCUCUAGGCGUGUGAUAUUUCUGCCAAUACAAAGGCGUAUAUAUUGUCUCAUUUUACGUUUCGAGAGCUCUUCUCCGUUUGCAACUUCUACUCGGAUUAAAGAGGCAUAUCCUUGAGAAACAGCUGCGGUCACAGGCUGGGCAUCUGUAAUCACCAGACGCUGUAGCACUUUCACCCUUCUUUCUACUCCUGGUGUGAAGGGUACGCAGUAGCUAUCCAAUGAACCUGAAGAGCUCCUUCGACCAUUGAGAGUUCUCCUUGGCGUUCCAAUAACCUUAUCUUAUAUAUUACGGUAUAUGUUGAGGUUACUUCAAAAGAGAAAUUGUAUAUGUCAAUCUAGUUAAUCAGUGACUUAAAAUCUGCUAAGUCGUUGGUUCCUGUCUGAUUCAGGCAACCCGUUCCAUUCUAUAAUAGCACUAGGGAAAAAGAACCACUUGUAACUUGUGUUGCUCAUAUUAAAUAACUAGACCACGACCCAAAUGUGUCCAUUGCGUUUAUAGGCCUCUUCAAGUAAUGCCCAACCAUUCUUGGUCUAGAGCCAGAUAAACUUCCUAUAUUUGUGUCCCUGGUCACAUCAAAGAACAAAAAAAGAACAACGAACAAAAUAUAUUUGUAAAAACCUCGAGACCAAAAUGAACCGAACCUCUGCGACUUCAUUGAUAGCCCCGUUCCGGCCGAAUAUAGCCAGCUGGCCGCCAUUUUUUUGGCAUAUUUGUCAUACUCGAAAUAGAUCCUGGCCUUAAUUAAAUAAUAUUGGCAUUAUAUUAGCCCCUCCCCUCGUGACGAGGCCCCGGGUGCUUGUCUAGUUUACACACGCCUAAGGCCACCCAUGUAGAAAUGUGGAAAGCCUUCUGGGAGAUUCACUUGUAGUGUAAAUUUCAAUUUGAAUAAAAUUCUCGAAGUUUUGGCUGAAACGAUGUGAAGUUUUAAAAAUACAAAGACUUAUGUCAAGGCGAGGACAUAAUUGCUUAUGAUGCCAGUUAGGCUUGGAGAAGGACAACUCUUUUUAAAAAAAAAAAUAAGCUUGUUAAGAAAGAUUAAGAAAAACGAGCUAUUUUUCAUACGCGAAACAAUUAAUGUCAGCUAGUUUUAAACAGGAACAACAAAAAAACUUGUACUCUCUUACUGUAUGCAAGUCACCUGCCAAAAUAAAUUUCAUAAAAUAUUUAAGAAAGCAUGACUGUGGGGAGGAAACUCUUGUUAUAUUUAUGUUGAAUAGUUUUUUUCUUACCCAUAUUUAUGUACUUCAUUAUUUUUAGACAAUAUAAAAUGUUGAAUGUAUUUGUUAUCCACUUAUUCAUUAUUUACCUCUAAAAACAAUUUGGUAUGAGAAUGUAGAAAUAAAAGAGGUCUACAUCUCUGCCAAUAAAUAAAAAUGUUGGCUUUUAAACAAAGUCCGUUUGAUUGUUUCUCUAUUAUUACAUUUCAUUAAUUCUACCUCUUAUCUUCCAGUUAUACUAAUAUCCAAAUCAAACGUAUAUUAUGUUUCUACAAUGAAGAAAAUGGCUAAAGCAUCUAGAUUUAGAAUCUAGUAAAUAAAAAAUGUCAAGUCAAUGAAUAUGGCUCUUAGAGUCUUGGUCUACUGCAAGAGGCGCACUCAGGCUCAACUGUUGAGUGGAUCUGGUAGCCAAAUAGGCUACAAUUCUUAAAUAAUAAUAUGCUGCCACUUGUCGUGAUUAGCCUCUGCGUGUACUCAUAAUAAGGCCUAGAUACACAUGCCGCCUGGCACGUAAGACCAAAGACUCUCUAACAAGUAAUUAGCUAAUAUGGCUAAUUUGGAAGUAUCACGAAAAGUAGCAGACCAAUU